AUGACGUCGGAGCGUGAGACUCAGAUUCCAUCAUGGGAUGGAAAUGCACGUGGCUGGCGACGUUACACACGUGAAGCGCUACUGCGCUACAAAGCUGGUGAGCAAGCUGAGGGGGCCCGCUCGCCUUUUGGCCAUGUCCCCACCGACUUCGACCAUGUCAACGGGACCAAGCACUUUCUUCAGCGGCUUGUGAGCAGUCUGCUCGUGAGGCAGACGCUGCCCAACGCAGCGGCAACCUGCCAACAAUACUUCAGCUUCCGCCAGGAGGCCAUGAAUAGCUUCCUUGUCAGAGAAGCCCUUGGCUAUUCCGAGUUUGUUGAAGCGCUCCUGCUGCUCUAUGAGGACAAGCAGGGCAUCAAGCAGCGCGAGCAGAACAUCGACCUCCCUGAUAAGGAGCCCCGUUCGGAGCAUGAUGACUGGUGGAACUAUGACUACCAGGACACUGAACUUCCUCCCGCUCCUGAAGAUGGAUUGGCAAGUGCUGCAGCUGCUGACACCUCACCGGCAGAAAGAACAACACCUGAUGGUGGAGAUGGUUCAGUCGGCGCUUCAACACCUUACCGUCGACCUCCAACGGAUGGCGCCUUGCAGACCUUGUGGGAUGAGCGCUUCUUCAUCUCAUCUCGCCCUCGUAGGCUGUCGCCAGAUCUUCCGUCGGCACUGGCACUGCUGCCACUGCCACUUGCGUCACCAGAUCCCAGGCCUGAAGGUUCCCGGCAAGGAUGUCAAUGCCUCUUUUUGCUGCUGAUCAUGAAGUACCCGAUUCACCUGAAGAAGAACUACCACCUGUGGCUGCUGAACCUCAUUCACUUCCACAAGGCCUAUGACAUCACCACCAUGAAGGUGGAGAAUGCAGAGAUGAUCAUCAAGGGACUCACCCUUCACUGGCUCAAUCAGCACCGUCAGCCAGAAUGCAUCGUGGCUGACAGCGCCAAGUUGCCAGGAGCUGGCAUUGAGCUUUUCUACCCAGCUGAGAAAGAAG